CUCGACGGGUAGCUCUUCGCCGAGCGAAUAAAUAUAUACGAUCGCGUUUUCGUCGCUAUAUACUCUUUCGAAACUUCUUGUACUUUGUACAAGCAGGGUUCUUGAAUCUCGUUCUCGAUCUCGAUCAUCGCUUUUCAUGUUGAAAUCACGCGAUUAUUGAAAGCCGCACUCUGUGCCGAAUUUUAAAAAUCUUACGUGAGAAACAUUCUGUCUAUGGUACGCGAAAACGCGUUAUCGCAUUUGCGUGUCGCGAGGAAAGGCUUUUGUUGGUACUUGGCGAAGUAUGAUUGUGCUGAAGCAAAAAGCUUCUCUACAUUAUGGUCUACCACCGCCACCGGCGCCUCAGCCACCCUCGCCCUGGUCCAGCAUACUCUGGGGUGACGAUCCGCGACCUCACGGACGUAGAAUCGCGUGUGGCGUCCGCGUCACGCAACUGCGGAACAAAGUCAUUGCAAAAGAUUCGGGAGCAGGAGCACCGGCCGACGAUGAGGAUACUACGAGAAGUUGUAAAAGUCUGAGCGAAUGUUACUUUGCGGGCAAAGGCGCUGCCUUGGUUUUACCGCCGAACGAAAGGGCUCGUCCUUCAAGGCGAGUCUCGGCGGCAGGAUGCGAUAUCCAGCAGCACCUACAGUCCAUGUUUUAUCUGUUGAGGCCCGAGGAGACUUUGAAAAUGGCCGUGAAACUGGAGUCGGUGCAUCCAGGAAGGACGCGAUACCUCGUCGUUGUUUCCUGUACGGGAAGGCAGGACGCGGAGGAGAGCUGCCUUCUCGGUAUCGAUUGCCACGCCAGGGCGACCGUCGGUCUCGUGCUUCGAGUCUUGGCUGACACCGCUAUCACUCUCGACGGCGACGGGGGUUUCAAGGUCAGUGUUUGUGGCCGUCAGCACAUCUUCAAGCCGGUGUCCGUUCAGGCCAUGUGGUCGGCGUUGCAGACAUUACACAAGGUGUCCGGCAAGGCACGCGAGCAAAACUAUUUUCUAGGUGGACUGUCUCACGACUGGGUUAGCUACUAUGAGCAACGCAUCGAGAGCGAUCGGUCGUGCCUCAACGAAUGGCAUGCCAUGGACAAUCUGGAGUCUAAGAGACCACCGUCACCGGACAGCGUGCGCACCAAACCCAGGGAGAGAGAGGAGACCGAGCGCGUGAUUCGAUCGACGUUGAAGGAGAUUAUGAUGUCUGUCGAUCUCGAUGAAGUUACCUCCAAGUAUAUCAGAGGUCGACUUGAAGAGGAUCUUGACAUGGACCUCGGAGAAUUCAAGCCAUUUAUCGAUCAAGAGAUGCUCACUAUACUAGGGCAAAUGGACGCGCCAACUGAGAUAUUUGAUCAUGUUUAUCUCGGGAGCGAGUGGAACGCGAGCAAUUUAGAGGAACUUCAGAAAAAUGGUGUAAGGCAUAUCUUGAACGUUACUCGGGAAAUUGACAACUUCUUUCCGGGCAUGUUCACUUAUCUAAAUGUACGUGUUUACGACGAUGAGAAGACGGAUUUACUGAAGCACUGGGACAACACAUUUAAAUAUAUCACUAAGGCAAAAAUGGAGGGAUCUAAGGUGUUGGUGCAUUGCAAGAUGGGUGUGUCCCGGUCUGCCUCCGUGGUGAUAGCUUACGCGAUGAAGGCAUAUAACUGGGAUUUCUCGCAAGCGUGGAAACACGUUAAGGAGAAACGCAAUUGCAUCAAGCCUAACAACAGCUUCCUUUUACAAUUAGAAACGUAUCAAGGUAUUUUGGAUGCGAUGAAGAACAAGGAGAAACUCCAGAGGUCCAAGUCCGACACGAAUCUGAAAUCUCCCACGACCACGAAAGAUCAGUCAAAAAAGGAGGAGAAAUCGGAUAAUAUAGAGAACAAUAUGCGGGAACUUUCGGGUUCAGAGUUGAAGAAGAGUAAUCAGAGACCAAAGAGUUGGUCACCGAAUGUCAAAGUCGUUGAAAAUAUGUUACCUUCCGUUCCUUUGUCGCAGUCAUUGGAAAGUAUCGACAAGACAGGAAAUGCGGAAGUAACACGAGAGGAUCUGCUUCGUGGCUCGAAUCAAAAGCCGGCAAUAGAACAGGAAGCCCGUAAUGUUCUAAUGCCAUGCAACAACGGGCAAUCUUACAGCGUGUCGCAGAACAAGAUAAUGCACCUACCCGCCCCUACUUCUGGCACAACACCACCUAGCGUAAAGAAUAGGAUUAAUAAAUUGGAAACUCAGGGACAGAAGAGGAAGGGUUUGGUACUCAAUUUAACCAAUCAAUUUGAAGCGGCCAGCAGUAAACCGUCAUCACCGGGAUCCGACUCGGACGCGAGAUCUCUUCCUCAGAACUCUAAUGCGGAGGACAACGCGAAACCGAUCGAGAAUGGCCACUCGCAUUGUGAGCAAUCGCAGGAGACGCGAGAAACCGCGGCUUCCGUCACGAGCGGAGGGCCUUCCAGAGAAGAAGUUUGGGAUCCCGGUGAAGGACAAAAGGAAAGGAAAGAAGAAAACCAAGAAUCCACCGAGGUCAAUAGUGAAUGUCUAGUCUGGACUGCGUCUGCGGAUGCAACUUGUGCUGAUUCGUGUAAUGACAAUAAAACUGUCAGAGGUGUGAGUGUGGAGAGUGAAUGUAUCGCGAGUGCGGUAACGGAUACGACGACGUCGUCGACGUGUCCCGAUAGCCUGGGAAAGAAGACGAAGAAAGACGGUGAUCCGUUUAGCGCUCAGUUGGAUCGAGUGUUCGAUCGUGAGGAGAGACGGGGUGAGCUUCCCGUCACGAGGGAAUCCCCGAGCAGGCAAAGUUCCUGGAGUAGUUACGAUAGUGCGGUGGUUCUCGACAACAAUUCAGUGCACAGUUCGUGGGCCACUUUACCGUCGAGGAACAGUUCUUGGGGCUCUUACGAUAUGCGGCCGUCCGAUCUACUCGGCUCCAGCGGUCUAUUUCCGUAUGACAAGGAAGAGAUACCCUGGCAUCCGGGCACGGUAAAGCGCACUAAGCAAAAACUGGAGGAGGGCACGACUGUGGGCGGAGUGAAACGCGUAUGCACGCAGAAUUCGACGUCCGCGGACGACAAGAGCGACAGGCUGGCUGCGGAGGUGGACGCGGUUGCGGUCGAAACGUAUAAUCCGAUGCUGUUGCAUCAAAUGCCGUCGCCGUCACCGACGCGAAGAAGAGAUUCCUCGCCCAGUCAAGAACACAAUCUUAAAGUAGAAACGAAUAGAGACUCGCCUAGUCCGGUAGGCAUCGACAUCUCCCUUACGUCCAUACGUCAGAUCGGAAGAUUAUCCACCAGCGCUCCCGCGCCGUCCUCUUUGUCCUCCGAGUCCGACCUGCCGUUGUCCUUGAGGUCCUGCAGAUCGGAAAGCGAGACGUCCAGUCCGUGCGUCGUCAAUACUCCUCAAUGUCCUUCCGUGAAACACCACAAAAUGGUCUUGGAAAAUCUCUGCAACAAGUCCGUGUUCAGUAAGCGCUGCCUCUCCGUGGACGACUCGCCAGAAGCGGAAUGUCCGCGUAGCACGUCCGGUAUAGUGAAAAAUCUGAAGAAAGAGUUUGAGGCAAAGUCUACAAAGUUGGAGAAGAGCCCCGAGAACAACGCGUGCGAGGGCGAGAAUGCGUCACUGCCCGCGCGACCCAAAAGGGACGUGAAGAUCCGGAGCUUGCCCUCGUCACCGGUGAUUCCGCACAACGAGUCUAAGAUCCAGUCGUCGCCUAGCGUCGGCGAAACCAAAGACAGCAAGCAGGGAAGAAGGAGCGAGGAGACGCCACCGUUGUCGCAGGAUAAUACGUCGGAGGAUCUCUCUGUUCGAGUACUAGUGGGAAAGUAUGAAGUCGCGAGGCCAGAAUCCAGGAAGAGCUCGUCGGACGUGCAGUUACGCGCGCACAAAGACAAAGAUUGGGACACUAUGGAGGUGCAUCCGCCAGCGAAAUCGAAAAUCGCCCCCGAGUUUUCGAGAAGAUCGGCGCCGAUUAUGAUCAAUAACCACUCGGCGCCUCUGUUUAGCGAGACACCGGAAGCACCAGGUAGGCCGCCGGCGGUGCCGUCGCCCAGCGUAGUCGUGGCCAGCGUGGUGGCGAAGGCAGCUAGCAAGAAGCAACAACAGCAUGGUAGAACUCAUCCCCUAGCUAGGCUACAGGUCAGGCCUAGGCAUAGCAGUCCUGUUUACAACACCAUGUAAAAGUCAUUAGGCGACGAUUUAUUUUGCGUACGUCGAAUUCUUAGGCGCAACGCGAUAAUGCAGCGGAUAAGUCGGAUGAGGGAUUACCUACGUGGGUAAUCGUAGCGUGGGUAUGUUAUAUUGUGACGAUAAAAUCGUGUGAUCUCUUUUUAUUGGCGACGAAGAUUGAGAAAUUUCGGAGCUAAGACGGUCGCGCCAGUUGUUCUAAGAGUAGAUCUUUUUUUCUCUCUCUCGCUCUCCUCUCUCUUGCAUCAUCGCUGCGAUUACUUGUCUACAACCGUCGUUCCAUUUAUCGAGAAGAACGAUCUUGUCACUUCGGUAAUGUAACUUAUUAUUUAUAAGACGAUAAUUUCACGUAAGCGUUCUCGGAUCUUUUACUACGAAACAACGACAGGCGCUUUAUGUUCCUCCUCGUCAACAUAUAUCUAGAUAUAUAUACACACACACGCACAUAUAUAUAUCUUGACUUGACGUUAGUUCAAUUAUUUUAAGCUGGAAAUGCAACAAUCACGAGGCUGCGCGUCGAGAAGGGGGUCAACGUUAAAUUAAGGAAGAGAGAUAAUCGUUAUUCCUAUAUCACUUCGUCGUAAGUUAGUGGGCUCGGAAUCAAAUGUGCGUUAAUAAUGAAAAGUGUAAUCGUGCGGAUGACUUAACGCAAAAGUCGGAGCGGGUUUUCGUCCGCAAAAGAAGAGAAAAAGAGCCGAGUGCUCAGUCAGGCUGUGAAUGUAAGGUCUGAGCCUCAGGCGCACGCUGACCUUUCUUCUGCUUCGCUUUCUUGAUCUUUUCUUUCUUUCUUUUUUUUUUUUUUUUUUUUUUUACGAAUUUAAAGUUACUUCGUGAGACGAUAAAUCUCUGAUCUGCGAAGCGAUUUUGUCGCGACGUGUAUGGAAUAAAAAUUAUAUACGACGAGACCUCGAGAGAUAAUGUAAUAUUAAGCCACACUAUUAGUAAUUUAUAGAUAAUAAUGUGAUUAGAGAGUGUGGAUGCGCAUUGUGUGCGAAAACACACGAUGUAGCAAGAUGCACAUGAUGAUGUAUGAAGUGUUUUUUUUUGUUGAGCGACUGUUUUUUCGGAAGCACGAAAAAAGGGGGUACCAAAAUUCACGAGUUUUCUUUUAAUCGUUUCCGAAACCCCAAAAAAUGAUUCCUCCUGAUCUUUUGUCAACGGCCAUAUUUUGCAUGAUCGUGAAACUGUGCGAAAUUUAAUAUAGUCAAACGAAGAGAUAGCAAUGUUGUAAUAAGUGGAUUUCUAGAGAGAUUUCUCUUAAAGCGUAAAGUAAUAAUUAAGAGGAUUACGUACCAUUACUUUAUCUCCAGAAAUGUGUGAUAUAUGUUGCAACACGAAGAUUUCGAUUUUAAUAAAAGAUCAGAUCUUACUAGUUUUUCAUCGACCUGCCGUCUCACAUUUAAAUUACGACCUUUAUACGCGAAUUUGAAUAUCUACGACGUCUAUUCGUGAUUCGUUAAAGAGUUUUAGGUUGAAAUAAUAAAAGCUUGUUCUCUCGCGAAUUAGGUACCUCUUCUCAUUUAUUAAUUGUUAUUAACUCUUGCUCUUUGUACCCUCCCACUAUUAUAAAUUAUCUUCAUCUCGAUUAAUUCCGAGGUCGAUUGAUCGUGUAAACGCUUUUGCAACAGUUGACGAUGCAGCAACGGAUAGUGCAUCGAAAAAUGUCUCUAUUAACUCUCGUAAGUCGGAAAAAGUACAAUGAAAUGGCAAGGAAGGAUACGUUGAUUGAUUUAUACAUGGGUGCAUGCAUGUACUACAUUAUAUACUUUCCCAUCGAUCGACUUGGAGCGAUUAUUAUAUAUCUGUGUGUAAGCGUCACAAUAUUUUUUUAAACACAUAUCAUCGAAUCGUCGUUAAUUUUGUAAAUCACACACACACAUACAUUUCUACCGCGUCGCGCGAAAUUUAGUUAGACAAAAGGAAAAAAAUCCAUAUUUGUCGCGCAUGUGACGACCAAUUUUAUACUCUGAUGUACUUUGACGAAUGCGACUGCUGCUAAGAGACGCUUCGCGAUUGCGCGUCGCAAUUUUAUCGUAAUAUAAAAGUAUAUAUUUUAUUACAAAUGUCACGCGUUUCAACCAAAUUAGGCUCGUUGAUCGAUUCAGAUUUUGUAGAUACGGGCGAAAGAUAUGUGGAACAUGUAGUUUUCCGAAUAGGUCUGUUGGAUCAUACCUAGAGAUUAACUAUUACUCUACUUACGCAAGUUAAGUACAAUCGGAUGCGAUUUAGAAAAAAAAGAAAAGAAGGAUCUGUUUUUUUUCUCUGCGAUACCUCGCCAGAGACGACCGCGUCCUCUUUUUUUUUCUUUUAAGUGAAAAUUGCGAUUAAGCGAAAAUAAAAUUUCUCAGAGUCUCGAAUGAAUCUAGCGAGAAUUUAGUCAAAUUUAGAAUUUAUAUUCGAAUCUUUUGUGUAUAUAUAUAUAUAUAAAUAUUUUUUUUAGUUUUUCCUUUUUAUCAGCUGAAUGCGCAAGACUUCAAUGAUUGUGGUGUGGAAUCCAGAUGAAUGUCCGACGAUAGUAAUCGUCUCAAGUGUUGUGAUGCAGGACGUGUCGUCGUCUUCGGCGCGAGUAUUAAAACGAUGCGCUUUCUGCUCUCUCAGCGUGUUUGUAUGCGAGCGAUCUUUUUCUACACUGAAUCGCUUCAACAACCGAUGGAUUUGCUCGUGUCAAGUAAGUUUGUAUUGUCACAAAUCGAUGUGCUCAGUUUUAGUGAUUAUCCUUACCCUGUUCCUUCGACCGCUCCCUUUCCCUAUCCCAAAUCCUUGUCUCUUAAGUCUUGCUUAAGUGUGUGCGUUCGCUCGAUAUGAGAACUUGCUGUCAUAUGAGAAAUGAUAAAAACCGUACGUUGUUCUGUAUAAAUUUUGUACUAUAGUUUGUAUCAAAUAAAAUACAUUGUUUAUUGCUUGAGAGUGCAUCUGCUACUUUCUUCGGUUAAUGCAUGUUUAGCGAAUACAAACGAAGGAAAUAAUUGAUUCUGUUUUAAACGUUAUUAUUGUUUCUUUCUCCGUAUAUUUCUUGUUAUUUUAUUUCAUCUUUAAUAGUGCGUUAUGUACAUUAUUUAUAGUGCGUUAUAUGUAUGUUAUAGUAAUAUCAUAUUUCGAAUUAGCUCGUUCAUAAAGAGGAGAAAAUAUUAGAUAGCACUUAUCAAGCGAACAAAAAGAUUA